AUGGAAGAUCUAAUGGAGACUGAUGAGAGCCAGGAAAAUCAAAACUCAUUAGAAAAUGUCAUCGGAUUAUUUUCUUCAUUAAAUGUUCAAAAAGCUGAAGAUGCUUUGAUGCAAGGUACUAAAUUUUCAAAUUUAAAUUCAGUUGAAGAAGCCAAUGAAUUAUCUUCUACAUUAAAUAUUCAAAAAUUUCAUCCUCUUCAAGAUUUUUUAAUAGAAUCAGAGCUGAAAAAUGCUAAUCUCUUUGAAGAUGAUGCUAUAAAAUAUGCUACAAUUUUAAUAAACUCUAGCCUUAGUAGCCAGCAGUUAGCUGGGGCUUUAAUAUUACGCCGUCUUACGUGCAAAGCAGAAAUUCCUUAUCAAAAAGUUAUUCAAUCUAAUAUCCUUCCUUCUCUCAUUCAAUUAAUUCCAUACUCUGAUGAACAGUUUAUAUAUGAAGUUUCAUAUAUCAUAUUAAAUAUCGCAGGAGGGGAUAAAUCCUGCAAUGACUAUUUACUUUCGCAAAAUUCGUGGAUUUAUUAA